AUGCAGGCGGUCUUCCGGGCUUUUGGGUCCUACAACUUCCGCGCUGGUGGAAGGGCCGCCUUGGUGGAUGGGACCAAGGGUGGAAAUGGUGGCACACAGCACCAUCAACUACUUAUCCACAUCAGCCAACAUCCACUUAAGCCGCCAUCCACAUCAGCUAUCAACUACUCAUCCACAUCAACCACCAUCCACUUAAGCCGCCAUCCACAUCAACCACCAUCCACAUCAGCUAUCAACUACUCAUCCACAUCAACCACCAUCCACAUCAACCACUCAUCCACAUCAACCACCAUCCACAUCAACCACCAUCCACAUCAACCACUCAUCCAUAUCAACCACUCAUCCACAUCAACCACCAUCCACAUCAACCACCAUCCACAUCAACCACCAUCCACAUCAACCACUCAUCCAUAUCAACCACCAUCCACAUCAACCACCAUCCACAUCAACCACCAUCCACAUCAACCACCAUCCACAUCAACCACUCAUCCACAUCAACCACCAUCCACAUCAACCACCAUCCACAUUAGCCACUCAUCCACUAUCAUCGUUAUCGUCACCAUCACCACUGCAACAUUCAUCGCCCGCGGUGUGGUCGCGCCUGCCAUCAUUACCACUACAAAUAAUGCCUUUGUCAUCAUUAGUUCUCUUGACACUGGCACAAUUACCUUGACCGUUACGAGCUAA